CCUCUCACCGAAGAGAAGAUCGCCGAAGCAGCUGAGAGCUACCGUACACAGGAGAGGACGAUUGAAAUUGUACAGAAAGAACUCGAUAAUAUUGAGGAGAUUCGACCUAAGAAUUCAGAUGCAAACUUCACCAAAUCAUCACCUGAUAUCAUGUAUCAUUCAAAAAAGCAUGUCAACUGUGAUGUUAGCCAUAUUCUGUUUCCUCGUACGAGACAAAGAAUUCAUAAACUCCGGCCGAAAAAUUCUAAGGGAAUACCCGGAUAUAAGACUUCACCAAAUCAUCACCUGAUAUCAUGUAUCAUUCAAAAAAGCAUGUCAACUGUGAUGUUAGCCAUAUUCUGUUUCCUCGUACGCGACAAAGAAUUCAUAAACUCCGGCCGAAAAAUUCUAAGGGAAUACCCGGAUAUAAGACUUUGCAAAGGAAAAAACGAGUUCAAAAGCGUUGAAGGCAUGCGAAGGAGGCUGCAUUUGCACGACCGUCAUCUUCUCGAUAAAUGGCAAUUCAUUAUGGUUACUCGAGAGCCCGUCGACCGAUUUCUAUCCGGUUUCAUUGACAGAUGUUUACGGUGGGGUCGGAAAUAA